AUGUUAGAUGAUGAUGUAAAUCAUCUCUUUCCAGAUUUAAAGCCAACUGAUCCCAUUCCAGAAGAAUUUUACAAUAAAUUAAUGAAAAUAGUAGAAAUAUUUGUGGGUAAAGAUUGCAUCGAUCAAAUAAAAAAAUGGAAAAGACAAAAAAAAAUAAUGGGCAAUUCUAAUUAUUUGCAAAAUAUUAAUUUCAUAUGUUCCUAUCAACAUGAAAAAUCUAGUUUGGCGGCAUGGGGAAAUUCAAAUAAUCUACCGAUGAAUUUGAGAAAGAUCACCGAUAUCAAUAUUGCAAAAUACACCGAAGAUAAUUGGGAAUCUUUAAGACUCGAAUGGGAACCUUACGCUAAAAGAGAUACGUUAUGUCUCGGAGCUUGUUUGAUAAAAUAUAACAAAGUUAUGAAAGAAGUUGUAUUCCAGAAUGUUUCCAAUAAUCUAACGGCUCCUUCUUUAUCUUUAAAGGGUUGGUAUUAUUUAUAUCAUUACCGUAAAGAAAUGGUUGAAGAAGAAUGGUAUGAAAGUACUAGAAUGGUUCCGAAACACACCGAAAAAGAAAACGUAGAAAAAGUUUACUCACAUACACACCCUUUUAUAAGAUAUUUUAUCAGACAAUCCAUUAAAGGAGGAAGAGUUUCGGCAAAUCGAAAAUCAUUUGAAACGAAUAAAAUGGAUGAAAUUUGUAAUAUAUUAAAGGAAUACACAGAAACACCAAGUGAUAACAUAAUUGAUUUAUUCAAAGAAUACAGCACUAGCACAAAAGAUAAAAUGGAAGUUCAUUCGAGACUUAAAAAAAUAAAAUGUACUAAACUAAUUGCCUUUGAUGCUAACGGUUUGUACGCUUCCGCCAUGUCGGAUUUGGAUAGCGAAUAUCCUAAAGCAGAAAGUGGUAGACCGUUUCUAAAGGAAGAAGAAAAAGAAUUUGUAAAACUCUUUAAUGAGCAGAAAUUUAGACCUAGAACGGCUAUUUUAAAAGUCUGGUUUAAAUAUCCUACCAACAUGUUCUUCCAACCCAUACCAGCUAAAGAUAAAAUUACUUUUACGAACAAAGAAGGUAAUAAGGAAACUGGCACUAAGAUCAGAUUCAGAAAUGGUUUCUGUUCAGAAGUUUUAACAUCGGUCGAUAUUCAAGAAAUAGUUAAAGCCGGUGGACGAAUAGUCAAGAUAAAAGAUGGUAUAGUAUACGAAGAAAAUUUUAAAACUCCACCAUACAGAGAUUAUAUUUUAAUUUUGAGAGAUCUAAGAAAUAAAUAUAAAUGA